CUAUCUAGUUAUUACUAAUGCUGCCCUACAUGUCAAAAAUGGUCUUCUAUCCCACUCCAUACCAACUUAACCCAUUUCAAAAGUUUUAAAGGCUUUUAUUUACUUAGUUUCAUUCAUAUAGGAUCCCCAUCUGAUUGUAAGUACAAUCAGACCUCAAUAUUGUAUUUUGUAUGUCGAUUUUUGUUGAUAGUUAAAAACUGUGGAGAUGCUGCUCGGUUUUUUGAUAGUCGCUUAUUCUUAGCAGCAGGUCAUUGAACAUGCGAACAUCCACUUGGAUGAGCUUUGAUCACCAGUCCCCAGACAGUUGCAAAGUGGAAAGCACUCAUGAUCCUUAAAGAGGAGAAUCAUUUGAGAUGAAGGAACAGAUUGAUGUCCCAAGUCAGCAACACAUUGGGAGGGAAAAUGGGUAGUUGGGGCACGUCGGUCUCCAUGGUCCUGUCAGCUCUUCCAUUCUGUUAUUCCAGAGCAAACUCUCUCAAGUAUGCCUAUUUCAUUCAUCUCUUGGCAGGUGGAGUUCCCUGGAGUGAUGGGAUGGGCCAAUGAGAGUUCCUUGAUGGGUUUCGUUCUUCUAGGCUUCUCAGACCACCCUCACCUGGAGGCUGUGCUUUUUGUAUUUGUCCUUUUCUUCUACCUCCUGACCCUUGUGGGAAAUGUCACGAUCAUCAUUGUCUCCUAUCUGUAUCCCCCUCUCCACACUCCUAUGUACUUCUUCCUCAGCAACCUCUCUUUACUGGACCUCUGUUUCACGACCAGCCUUGCUCCUCAGACCUUAGUUAAUCUGCGGGGACCAGAGAAGACCAUCACUUACGGUGGCUGUGUGAUGCAACUCUAUAUUUCUCUGGCACUAGGCUCCACUGAGUGUAUCCUCUUGGCUGUGAUGGCCUUGGAUUGCUACGUUGCUGUCUGUAAACCCCUCCACUAUGCAGUCAUCAUGAGCCCACAGGUAUGCCAACAGCUGGCAACUGUCUCCUGGCUCAGUGGUUUGGCCAAUUCCUUGAUCCAUGCAACUUUUACCUUGCAACUGCCUCUCUGUGGCAACCACAGGCUGGAUCAUUUUAUUUGUGAAGUACCGGCUCUCCUCAAGUUGGCUUGUGUGGACACCACUGCCAAUGAAUUGGUGCUUUUUGUUGUUAGCAUCCUGUUCCUUGUAAUUCCACCAGCAUUCAUCCUUAUCUCCUACGGCUUUAUAACUCGAGCUGUGCUGAGGAUCAACUCGGCAGAGGCGAGACACAAAGCCUGCAGCACCUGCUCCUCCCACCUUACAGUGGUGAUUAUCUUCUAUGGCACCAUAAUCUACAUGUACCUGCAGCCCAGUGACAGUUAUGCACAGGACCAAGGGAAAUUCAUCUCCCUCUUCUACACCAUGGUGACCCCCACCUUAAAUCCUAUCAUCUAUACUUUAAGGAACAAGGAUGUGAAAGAGGCAUUGAAGAAACUUCUGUCAGGAAAACUGUGUUCCCUACGAACAUGAAUAUGCAAGGAAUUGAUUAUAAGCUAUAGUUAUUCAGCUUCUAAUUAGUCAAAACCAAACACCAACUAAAUUACCAUUUACUUAUUUUAUCUUCAUAAGGGAGCAGCUUUUGUUCUCUCUUAUGUGAAACUAAAUAAAAUGUGUAUAUGCUUAUUUAAGUUGAGAGGUCAAACCGUGCAAAAGAAGGAUGUGCAUGGGUAUAAAUUGCGAUAUUCACCACAAAAUUCAUGUUUUACAUCUUAAACUUAUUCCCAGGCAUUCAAUGAAAUCAUUAAAUGCUUACCAACUGUUUCUCUAGGUUAUGAGGCUUUUUUUCAAUUUCAGUGAAUAUUCAGUUUUCUGGCAAAUAAACAUGUUAUAUUUACUUUAUAAUGUCACUCAUUAAAGUUUCAUGUUGGAAAGCAAUUGCUACAUGUGCUUCC